AUGGCCGCACACCGCAGAAUCGAGCUGCAAGCACCAGCAGACCUGACCUACCUCUACACCAACACAGUGUCCCUCUCCCGCAAAAAACUCGACCUCUACUUCCCCCCUUCCGCAACAAACGAUGAUACUCCCGAUCCGAUGCGCGAACGCGUACGAGAAUUAGUCGACGACUACAUAAACCGCACCUUCAUAAGCGCCUCCUCCUCAGUCAGCAUCAACGGCAUUGACUCCACUCACCCUCAAUUCCCCUUCCCAGCCUCAUUCACCGCACCCGAAACAGUCGAAUACGAACCCUACGACACCGAGCUCGCAUCCCGCGUGACAGCACUCUACGCACAGUUGGAAUCGCUCACGACGACAGUCGCGCAGCAGAGACGUGACGCACCCCGACAAGCGGCAAAGGACUACGCAGCCCAAUUGAUGCAGGUGCUCAAAGAUGAAGACGCAGACGAAGACGAGGAUGCGAAAGACGAACCGCUGGAGGAUGCUGGAGAAGCCAUGGACGUGGAUGUGGACGGGCCGUCUGCAAAGCAGAAGCAAAAUGGAACCGCAAAUGGAAACGAAGCAGGCCCGUCACAUGCUCGGAAUCCUAAACGCGGGCGCGCGGAUCCGGCGUGGGAGUUACAGGUCCCGCUUGGGACGGAGGAGGAGGCGGAGCGUUGGCGGAGCGGGGAUAUGGCGGCGGUGUAUGAGCAUGCGUUGCGGACUUUGCAGCGGUUGCAGGGUGAAGCUGAUGAUGAGGAGGGCUCUGAGGGAAAUGCUUUGGCUACCACGGUUGGCAAGGCUGAACGGGCUGGACGGGCGGCUGAUGUUGUGGAGAGCAUGUAA